AAAAACGGUCAUGUCAUGACCCCUCACGUGACCUUCAGACACAACCCCUUUAAAUACCCCUCCUUAACCCCUUCUUUGCCUCACCAAAUCACGCUCUCUAAUAACAUUUCUAAUCUCAUUCUCCUUCUGUUCAAACACUCUCUCUCAUGGCAUCAGAUAAGAAGAUUAGGAUCGGCAUCAACGGGUUUGGAAGGAUUGGCCGUUUGGUGGCCAGGGUUGCCCUUCAAAGGAAUGAUGUUGAACUUGUUGCUGUCAACGAUCCUUUCAUCACCACUGAUUACAUGACAUACAUGUUCAAGUACGACACCGUUCAUGGCCAGUGGAAGCAUUUUGAUGUGAAGGUGAAGGACUCUAAGACCCUUCUCUUUGGUGAGAAGCCCGUCACCGUUUUUGGAAUCAGGAACCCUGAGGAAAUUCCAUGGGGUGAGGUUGGUGCUGAUUAUGUUGUUGAGUCAACUGGUGUAUUCACUGACAAGGACAAGGCUGCUGCUCACUUGAAGGGUGGUGCCAAGAAGGUUGUCAUCUCUGCCCCAAGCAAAGAUGCACCCAUGUUUGUUGUUGGUGUUAACGAGAAGGAGUACAAGCCAGAGCUUGACAUUGUUUCCAAUGCUAGCUGCACUACCAAUUGUCUUGCUCCCCUCGCCAAGGUUAUCAACGACCGAUUUGGAAUUGUGGAGGGUCUUAUGACCACUGUUCAUGCCAUCACAGCUACUCAGAAGACUGUUGAUGGUCCAUCAAACAAGGACUGGAGGGGUGGAAGAGCUGCUUCCUUCAAUAUAAUUCCCAGCAGCACUGGAGCUGCUAAGGCUGUAGGAAAAGUUCUUCCAGCACUGAAUGGUAAAUUGACUGGCAUGUCCUUCCGAGUCCCCACUGUAGAUGUUUCAGUUGUUGACCUCACUGUCAGGCUAGAGAAGCCAGCAACCUAUGAGCAAAUCAAAUCUGCUAUCAAGGAGGAAUCAGAGGGCAAAUUGAAGGGUAUUUUGGGUUACACCGAAGAUGAUGUUGUGUCUACUGAUUUUGUUGGUGAUAACAGGUCUAGCAUAUUUGACGCCAAGGCCGGAAUUUCUUUGAAUGACAACUUUGUAAAACUUGUUUCCUGGUAUGACAACGAAUGGGGUUACAGUUCCCGUGUGAUUGAUUUGAUUGUCCACAUUGCAUCCGUGGCUUAAAGAAUUGAGUCUGAGCUUGGAUAUCAUCGCUACACCGUUCCAAAUUUUUAUCUUAAUCGAGUUUAUUUUAGUGUGAAUUCGGAAUAAACACUUUGUGUUGCUGUGAGAGAUAUCAUUGAAAAACAGUGCAAUAUGUUGAGUUGGUAGACGGCCUUAUAGGUUUUUCCUCUCGUAAGGGACGAUUGACUAUUCUGUUUCGUUAUCAUAAUCAUCUAGUAUAAGCAACAUUUUGUUUUCCACGUCUCUUUGUUAUAAUUAAGUUAAUAAUAUAAUAUUGUUAACAUA